GUUCAGCUGCUCACCUCUCACUGAAUCCCGUCUCCACCUUUCAUCCCUCAACUUGUCCCACGUAGGGAUGGAUGAGUUCCACCGCCGUCGGACCUUGUAAAGUAUCAGACCAAUGCGUCUGAACUGGGGGACCGACAGUCACUGGAGGGUCUUUGGGCGUCGGUGAUGUUUGCAAUUGGUGACUGCAGAAACUGCCAACGUGUCGGCGAGUCGACAGACCACAGCUUACUUGUGCGCUCUUGGAGUGGGAGAAUGGACAUGUGAAUGAGAACGAUUUCCCUCGGCGGCUACAAAAACUGUUUUGGUUCUUUUAGUUCACAAAUCGUCACAAAGUCUCACAAGUGAAAACAGGAUUGAUGAGAUUCUUUUUCAUUUUUUCUUUUUUUGUUUCUGCUUGAGGAGGAAUUCAUGCGCCGAUAGCUUACGAGGCCAAUAUGCCAGAAUGGGUCCUCUACAGUAUUUAUUUCUCUGUGGACUUCUGCACACCCAGACCUAUGGGUCUCGUCUUCGCCAGGAAGACUUCCCUCCCCGCAUUGUGGAACACCCUUCUGACCUCAUUGUGUCCAAGGGGGAGCCAGCCACUCUCAACUGUAAGGCAGAGGGUCGUCCACCGCCUACGGUGGAAUGGUACAAAGACGGGGAGCGUGUUGAGACAAACAGGGAAAAUCCCCGUUCCCACCGUAUGCUGCUUCCCAGUGGGUCCCUCUUCUUCCUGCGCAUCGUUCAUGGACGACGGAGCAAGCCAGACGAUGGCAUCUAUGUUUGCGUGGCCCGAAACUAUCUGGGGGAGGCCAAAAGCCGGAACGCGUCUCUAGAAGUAGCACUGUUGCGUGAUGACUUCAGGCAGAAUCCACAGGACGUGGUUGUGGCAGUUGGAGAGACUGCCAGUUUUGAGUGUCAGCCGCCACGUGGGCACCCCGAACCUACCACCUUCUGGAGGAAAGAUAAAACUCGUCUUGACCUCAAGGACGACAGGAUCACAGUCCGUGGAGGAAAGCUGACCAUCUCAAAUACCAAGAAGAGUGAUUCAGGGAUUUAUGUCUGUGUGGCAGCCAACAUGGUUGGGGAGAGAGAUAGUGAAAAAGCUCAGCUCUCAGUUUUUGAAAGACCAGUGUUUGUGCAACGGCCAGUGAACCAGGUGGUCUUAGUUGACGAGAGCGUAGAGUUCAGGUGUCAAGUCCACGGUGACCCGCCGCCUGCGCUGCGAUGGAAAAAAGAGGAUGUGGAUAUUACUCGUGGCAGGUAUGACAUUAGAUAUGAAAAAGACGACUUCCUUUUGAGGAUAAAGAAAGCAUCCAUGAUUGAUCAGGGAACCUUCACGUGCCUCGCAGAGAACCGUGUGGGUAAAGCGGAGGCCUCCGCCUAUCUGACUAUCAGAGCUCGCCCCGUUGAGGCACCUCAGUUUGUGGUGCGUCCCCGUGACCAAAUAGUCGCUCAAGGACGAACAGCAACCUUUCCCUGUGAGACCAGAGGAAAACCUCAACCCACUGUCUUCUGGCAAAGAGAAGGGAGCCAGGAUCUUCUUUUCCCCAGUCAGCAAGCACAAGGAGACAGCCGUGUGUCUGUGUCUGUGAAUGGAGAGUUGACCAUCUCUCCUGUACAGCGCUCAGAUGCGGGGUACUACAUCUGCCAAGCCCUCACUGUGGCCGGAAGCAUCAUGGCCAAGGCCCAGCUUGAAGUAGCAGACGCCCUGAAGGACCGCCCACCACCGAUCAUCCGGCAGGGCCCAUCCAACCAAACUCAGGCUUUGGGAGGCAUGUCCCUACUCAGGUGUCAGGCGUCUGGGGACCCAGAGCCUACAAUCACUUGGCGGAAGAAUGGGGCCAAUCUGCUUGGAAAGGACACAAGGUUUUCCCUUCUGGAACAUGGCAGCCUUCAGAUCCAGAGUACCAGGCUGUCUGACUCAGGGCUGUAUACCUGCGUUGCUACCAGCUCCAGUGGAGAAACAUCGUGGAGUGCCUACUUGGAUGUCAGAGACAUUAGUCCUACAGCACAGGGAGUGGACCACCGUCGUGUGCAGAAAGAGUUGGGGGAUGUUGUAGUCAACAUGCACAAUCCUGUUGUCCUCAGCUCCACGUCAGUGCAGGUCACCUGGACUGUGGAGAAUCCAUCCAAGUUUAUUCAAGGCUACCGUGUUUUGUACCGGCAAACUUCAGGGCUGCCCUCCCCAGGGCCGUGGCAGAUACAGGACUUGAAGGUUGCCUCAGAGAGGGACAUAACUCUCUCUGGUCUGAAGAAAGGCAUUGUAUAUGAGAUUAAAGUGCGGCCGUAUUUCAAUGAAUUUCAGGGCGCCGACAGUGAAUCCAUGACAGCACGCACCAUGGAAGAAGCACCAAGUGCGCCUCCACAGCAAGUGACAGUGCUGACAGUGGGAAACCACAACAGCACAUCCAUCAGUGUAUCCUGGGACCCUCCUCCUUCUGACCAACAGAAUGGCAUCAUACAAGAGUACAAGAUCUGGUGUUUGGCCAACGAAACUCGCUUUCAUGUCAAUAAGUCUGUGGACGCGACCAUCCGUUCAGUGGUAGUUGGGGGUCUGCAGACCGGAGUGCAGUACCGUGUAGAGGUGGCUGCAGGCACCAGCGCAGGGGUGGGGGUCAAGAGCAUACCCCAGCUCAUCACUUUGGGUGCAGAACUGAGGGACGUAAUGACAGGAUCGGACAGCAACAACAGCAUCUCAGAUGUGGUGAAGCAGCCGGCCUUCAUCGCUGCUUUGGGAGGGGCUUGCUGGAUUGUCCUCAUGGGCUUCAGUGCCUGGCUGUACUGGAGGAGAAAAAAGAGGAAAGGACUUAGCAACUAUGCAGUUCAGUCCUUCACCUUCACUCGAGCAGUGACAUUCCAAAGAGACAGAGGCCUGAUCCGCAAUGGAAGCCGUCCAGGGUUGUUAAAAGCAGGUGAUCCAGGCCUCCCCUGGUUAGCUGACUCCUGGCCUUCCACAAGUCUCCCAGCUAACGGGGGCUUAGGGAGUCCAAAAGGCGGCAGCAACUUUGGCCGAGGAGAUGUUUUACCGUCUGCAGCGGUGGAUAAAACUGGUACCAUGCUGUCUGAUGGUGCCAUCUACAGCAGUAUCGACUUCAUGGGGAAGGCAGGCUACAGCAGCCCAGCACGAGGCACUCAGCCCACCCCCUAUGCCACCACUCAAAUACUUCAGUCCAAUAGUUUCCACGAGCUGGCGGUGGAUAGGCCAGAUCCCCGCUGGAAGGCUUCUCUUCAAGCCCAGCAGGAAAUAGCAAACCUGGGCUACUCGCUAACUGACAGACGCCCUGGCAGUGGUGCAAAGGCUGGGAAGAAAAAGAAGCUAAAAAGUGGAACAAAAACCUCUAAAUCAAAUGGGACAUGUUGGGCUAAUAUGCCUCUGCCACCACCACCCAUGAACCCCCUGCCUGGGACUGAGGUUGACCUUGACUGUUACCCCCAGGAAAAUCAUGGAGGAGGAUAUGACAACGGCAGCUGGGCACCACCAAUGUCUGUCCAGACCUACCGCCAUCAGAAUUUGGAAAAUGAAGUAGAGGAAGAGAGAGGUCCCACUCCUCCCCUGAGAGGAAGGUCCUCCUCCCCGGCGGCAGCUACUUUUAGUCAGCCUUCGUCAUCCUCUCUCAGCUCUGCCCACCAUGAAGAAAUGCAGUCCAUCUUGCAGGCUCACUUGGAUGAGCUGACUAGAGCCUACCAGUAUGAAGUGGCCAAGCAGGCAUGGCAUAUGAAAACCAGUCCAAACGUGUCCAACUCUCCAAUCGACUUCAUGUCUAGUACACUGGGUUCUGAUUUGGGAACCACUCUCCUUUCUGAAGACGAGGAGGAAGAGGAGGAGGAGGAUGAAAGAUAUGCUGUGGUGUCAAAGAAUUUGUGUGGCUUUGAAUACACUCCUGGUCACAGCAUGGAUAACCUUGAGGGCUCAGGUAAGGUUUCUGAGCAGUGUCUCUCAGACAGCUUUGGCACAGCAGACCAUGGUACACAAGGCUCGCAUAGCCUUGGACACAAGAGGGCGCCACUCACUGCUAACAAGCCUCAGACAGACAAGGUUGGAACUCUUCCCAGACGAAGAGACACUAACACAGACGCCCACACACCAGCCAUGAAGUCCCUGCACGGCAUGGGUUCCCACAUGCACAGUUCGUGGGCAGCUGCUCCCUCAGACCCCUCUGAGGAGUGCAUGGUGAGUGUGUCCACGCUGGAGCGGCAGCAUAUGGCAUCCUGGAGUGGCACGACAUCAUCCAGCAGGGCCACCCUGAGUAGGGGUUCAAACAAGAGAGCUGGCAUAGAACCCUCCCACAACGGGCAUCCUUCCACAAACGGCACAGAGAAAAGGGAACACUAGUUUAUGUGAAGCAUCAUUCCCCGCAGUUGCUGCCUGUCCCAGGACACCUUGUUUAUAAGCGCUAUGAGAUUUUUCUCUGCGAGUGACACUGUAUGAUGUUUGGAAGAUGGAGAGAAGACAGAAUAAAGACAAAGAAGCAAAAUUGUGCAGGAUAAAAUGCAGAGCUGUAAAUGUCAUGUACAGACACAGACACCACUCUCACAGUGUUAUUUUCAUCCCCCUCUUCAAAAGAGUAAACAGUGCGUUAUAUGUCCGCUUCUAUUUUCUGUCACAUGGUGUACAACAAUUCACACAGUGGAGAUGAGGAAGAAAACACACAACUAACAAAAUGACUAAUGAUUCAAAUGAAAAAGGACUUGCAUAAUUUGUAAAUAGAUUUUUUAAUGUUUUUCUCUUUCUUUUGCUUUGCUAUGCAAGCCAAACCCAAUGUUGUCUUUUUUUUGUGAUUUAUUACCGUGAGUCCUUUUUUUCAUUAAUGCUCAAACUGUUAGCUUGUUUUGAUGAAGCUACUGUAUCAUUGUAUUUUUGCACAGAGCAUUUUGGUGAAAAUAAGCACAAACCCAUUGUCAGCUAAGCUGAGGAGGAGAAUCAUAAUGGCAAAGAGGGGAAUCGAGAACAUAAACAAAAAGACAUGUAUACUUGGCUGUGCGGUAUUUUUUGUUUUUUGUUUUUUUGAGAAAUGGUCAUCUAUUGAGAAUUAUGAGGCAAAAAACACGGGCGAAAACUAAUAUGCCAAAAUAACUAACUGUGUUUCAUACUUCUUUUGCUGGGAAACCUAUUAUGCAUUAUACUAAAAAUGUUUCUCAACAAAUGGUUAAUAGAAGAUUUUGUAUGGUAACCAAGUAACACAUCAGCUGUGAUAUCCAAAGCAAACACAAAUGGAAAUAUACUUCUCUGCCAUUCCCAGCAUUAAUCUCUUAAUACAUAUUUAUAUAUAUAUCUGUUCCUUUUACAGUUACAUUCAGUGACAUGAUGAUAGUGCAAUAUUUAAAAAUACAAUAUGACAGUUGACAGGAAUUUGGAGCAGGUCACCUAUAAUGCAUUGGAUAGAUUAAUUAAAAAUGUCCAAUGUCACUUGUAGAGAAAUAGGAUGUUUUAAUGACAUGUGUUUAUGAUGUUAAACAUCAAAGAAAUGGUACUGUUCAAAUUUGUUGUUAUGAACGACAGAGCAGAAUGGUUAUGGAUUUCCACUAUCAUCAACAUGUAUAGACUUGAAUGACUGCCAAAUUGAAAGAUGUUUUGUAAAGUUUUAAAAAACAAAUACAGCCAAUUAUCAUUUUCUGCCAGUGAGAUUGGGAAUGUGAUGUCUUUGCAUUUGUUUGGAUGGUUAUGUUCUGACCGUUGUUCUGGUAAUGGCUCUCCCUAUGAAGAAUCUUUACAUGCCAGAUUGGUUUGCCCUCAGGAAUACACAGCCACAUACAGUAGGGCCAUUUUCUUUUCCAAUCCUAUGAUGCAAAAUAAAAUGUGUAU